UCAUUCAGUGUGUGAUGGAUGAGGAACGUGAACGUGUGCUGUCAAUCCUACGAGGAGGAGAGGGAUGGAAUCACCCGUAUUCUUCAAUAACAUAUUUCAAGCAGGAUUUGGAUGAAAAAGUUUUUUCAUAUGAUAAUUUGAAUAGCGGAUGGGUUUUGUAUGAGGAAUCAUUAGGCCUACACAAAAUCAUAGGUCUGCUCAAAGAGAUUGCAUCGGACAGUUGGGUGCACUUGCAUACUCUGAUACAAUUUUGGGGAGUGGUGAAAGUGGAGGGGAGCCAUCACUACCUCUCUUCCUCACAUCACCCUUUUUUUGUUAGUCAUGAGCUCAACAAAGGAUUAUGUUGGUAUAGGAAGAUAUGUAGUGAUCAUGAGUAUGUCGUGGUGAUCGACACCGACGGAGGAAGACAUGACGAGCAGCAGCUUGGAGGCGUGGGACGGGUGUACCGAAACCUCCUACCCGAAUCCACACCGGAUCUGAGACUAUACUCCACCCAUGAAUUUCCGACGCGGGAUGAAGCUGCUCGCUGUGGUUUCAGACCUUACAUCGCACUGCCUCUAUUUGAUUCGCAUACCAAUCAAUGUUACGGUGUGUUGGAGAUCUUUCAAAAUCAAUCUUCUCAUUAUUCGAGGGGUCGUUUACUUCAUGUGAUGGAUCGAGCACUACAGAUCGUAGGGUUGAGGUCCAGUUACAAUUCCAUUGCUAUUAGCGGCCACGGCCAGAUAAAAGAAAUGCAACAACCUGAAAGUGAAGUAAGCGAGGCAAUUGAAUUGGCCAUGGCGACAAUCCCACAACUAUAUCUGGCACAAGUUUGGAUCCCUUAUAACGAGCAUUGUGUUAACAUGGCCACCAACUUAUGUUGCAUGGAGAUGGUAUCUUUCAUAGAUUCUCAAAAUAAAAUAUUCAAUUCAUGGAAUAAUAUUGAUGUUUAUAUGCAUGAUUAUCUUCAAGCUUGUGAAUUUCAUAAGCUUAAAGUAGAUCUUUAUAAUUGCCAUUCAAAUUCUUGCCAUCUCACUAUAUCUGAGAAUUCGUUAGCCCACUACGCCCAGAGAGCUAAGAUGUCCCAUUGCCUUACAGUUUCUCAUCAAAGUACUAGCAACCACUUGUAUGUUAUUCAAUUUUUUCUUGGACCAAAAUAUAUAGUACAAGAUGCUUACGUUCACCGAUCUCUACACUUGCUCUUAAGAAUACUGGAGAUCAAUCUCAAGAGUGUAAUGUUUGUAUCUGGGAAACAACUUCUAGAAGAGUAUCUAAGGCGUGAUUCUAUUGAAUGCGGGUCAAUUGAUAGUUUAAGCUUGUUGACGUCUUACAAGCAAAACUUUUUGGAGUUGGACAUGACAACAUACUUGAAGAUGGUUGACUCGUGUUGCCUAAAUCCUUAUUCCGCGGGUGUGGACAAAGGAUGUGUUUUUCACUUGCCAGCUGGACAAAGUGUAUGCGAAAAACAUGUUAAAAGUAACUCAUCAAUGAUCAAGAAGAAGAUGGAAGGUUUCAUGAGGAGAAUAGCAGUGGAAUCUUGGAAACACAAUAAAUGGAUAGUCCAAUUUUGGGCGCCGAAAAUGACAAAGAAUAGACUCUAUCUAGAAACUUCAAAUCAACCUUACGCUGUUGGUUGUCUUGCAAAAGGUAUAGCUUCCUUUAGGAAACAAUGUACAGAAAAUUACUAUUUUGUUGACGACCAAGCCAAACAAGAUGAACUCGGACCCCCCGGACGUGUCUUCAGAUUCAAACACCCUGAAAUCAGCCCUGACCUCUUCUACUACACUACAGAAGAAUUUCCAGUAAGAAACUUUUCAAUGUUUCAUUGUAAUCGUGGAUAUUUGGUUUUACCUGUAUUUGAUGAUGGAGGCAAAGGCAUUCACAAGCUUGUGGGUGUGCUAGAGUUCCUAGGAUUUUAUUAUUCUGACCUUCAAAACAUCAUAAAACUAAUGGAGGCAGAAAAACUAUGGUCGAAUCACAUAGACUUCCACCAAAGAUUUUUGGCAAAUAUUGAACCUGUCAAUGUUGUCGAUUCCAGAAUAAAAGCUCUGACAGAGAUCCGCCAUGCCCUUAGCACAAUCAAUAAUGACCUUCCCCAACUCCAUAUGGCAAAUGUUUGGGUCUCCACUGGAGAAUGUGUUACUAUUAAUACUAAUUGGAGUUGCAUGGACUUGGCAUUUUCUACUAAUUAUUACUGGAAAAUUAUGCCUACAGAUUCAGUUCACUGGAUUCAUAUCCAACCCGGAAAAGGGAUGAUUGGGAUGGUGUUGGCAUCUGAAAACAAAUCAUGUUUUUGUCCAAAUUUAAGUGAAUUUGGCAUAGUCGACCAGCCCCUGUCACACUAUGACAUGAGUGCUCGACGUGAUGCUUGUUUUGCAAUUUGUUUGCAAAGUCCACAUACUGGACACCUUCUUUAUGUUGUGGAGUUCUUUCUCUGCCAAGGUCCUGCAACAUGUAAAUAUGUUAGGUCCGUUUUGAGUCUUCUAUUGCCAAUAGUAAUGUAUGAAUUAAGAUCAUGUAAGCUAGCAUGUGGGAAGCAACUAGGAGAGGAAUUAGUGGUUGAAGUUAUUGAAUUUUCUUAUGCAAACAAACUUGAUUCAUCUGAAUUAGAGCCUGCAUCUGUGUAUCCAGUCAUAUUGAAAAGUGUGCAGUACAAUCAUAACGAGUACCAUCACACUGAAGAAGAACAACAAUAUGAGUAUCAUCACACCGAUGAAGAAGAAGAACAAAAUGAGUACCAUCACACUGAUGAAGAGCAACAACAAUACAAUGAGUACCAUCAAUAUACUGCAGAACAACACGGAGAAGAAUGCACCGCUGUUGGCUCAGAUUCAAAUAUAGAAGAAAGAAAGAAGAGAAAAAACUCCUUCAAUCUUAGUUUUGAGGUUCUCAAAUCACAUUUUGGGAAGAAGCUAAAAGAUGUUGCGAAAGAGCUUGGCGUUGGAAGGUCAACAAUAAAGCGUGCAUGCAGACGAAAUGGCAUUUUUAGGUGGCCAAAUAGAAGAGAACACAAGAAAAAUCCAUCCCUUUUCGAAGAACAAAGUACUGCAGAUUCAAAGCAAGAUAUGUUGCCAUCAACUAACCAUGUUAAUCAAUUGGAGAAUGUGACACAAAUAAACACAGGAAGCGAAGGCAAAGUGAUUGUAAAGGUGGAGUAUAAGGAGGAUAGAAUAAUAUUUGAGUUGUCUCAGUCAUUAGUAGGUUUGGCAAAGAUUACUGAAGAAGUGGCGACAAGUCUAAAUCUGGAGAAGGGCAGUUUCAAGUUGAAAUACAACGAUGAAGAUGGCGAUGAGAUCUUAUUAACCAGAGAUGCUGAUUUGAAACUUUGUCCAAAGAUUCGAACAGCAAUAGGCAAGCCACUCAUCCAACUAUUAGUUCAAUGCUAG